UUUCGAUCAAGUCCUAAAUACUACUCAUGGCACAGAACAGGCUGAUUAAUUUUCUGUUGCUUGUUUUCGCGUAUCUGUUUUGGACAGCUGGUUAGAUGGCCAAUCGCAGUGUAAUGUUCGUGACCUAGAUCUUUACAGAGUGUAGCAGUUGCGGGGUUUCUCAUUCGUUAACAGUACGUAAUGAUGACAAAGGGAGAUCAGUGAUCCGCCUCUGCACACUCCGCAUUCAGCCUUGAGGGAGAGAAAGAGACAACUAAGGUACUCGCGGUAGCUUUUCAAAGAUCCGAUUUUUAAUGUAAAAAAUAUUUUAAGUUUUAUUUUUUUGGGACUGUUAAGCACCACAUGGUUGGAGUGUAAAGCGCCGCCUUGUUUUCAUUUCUCUUUGAUAAGAAAUGGUUCACUGACCCCGCGAGUGAACAUGUUCUGAUCGGAAGUCUAUCAUCCGCAGCCUGAAUAUCGGCCUGUGUGGACGGGAACCAGAUAGCUUUUCGGAUUUUGUCCCUGUGUUGCAUGGAUUGGAGUGGAUCGUUAGGACGACAUAGACAGUCUGAGCCCAGUUCUCAGGGACAACCCUCCACUUCAUGAAGAAGUGAAAGCUUGGGUUAAAGAACAAAAAGUUCAGGAGAUUUUUAUGCAAGGUCCCUAUUCUCUGAACGGCUAUAGAGUACGAGUGUACAGGCAAGAUUCUGCCACCCAGUGGUUCACUGGUAUCAUUACCUAUCACGAUCUUUUAAGCCGCACUAUGAUCGUGAUGAAUGAUCAGGUGCUAGAACCACAGAAUGUUGACCCUUCUAUGGUACAAAUGACUUUUUUGGAUGAUGUUGUUCAUUCUCUGCUGAAAGGUGAAAACAUAGGCAUCACAUCAAGACGAAGGUCUCGUUCCAAUCAGAACAGUCCAGCUAUUCAUGGUCAUUAUACACGUGCACAAGCCAAUAGUCCACGACCAGUGAUGAAUCCCCAGACAACAUCUGGAAAGCAGAAUCAGCAGCAAAGGAUCAUCCGUUCAAACAAAAGGAAAGAAUCGGAUAGCAGUAUACCAGAAGAAGAUAAGAUAAAAGAGGACAAAUGUGAGAAUCUUGUAAAAGAAGAAUCUUCAAAGAGCAAAACAAAGCAGUCUGUUAAUAAAAGGAGAAAGCAAGAAGAGGGUGAAAAGCAAGUGACUUUAGAAAGACUGAAAGCAGACAAUAACUCGGAUACUGAGAGCAGUGAGUCUGAAAAUCCUAUUAAUAAAGUCAUCUUGGAUUCAUUCUCUGAGCAAAGUUCAGAAACGGAACUGAAAACCAAAAUCACAUCAAAUGACACUAAAAAUGAAGGAAAGCCCCAGAACCACACAGGAACAGAGGAACAGAUGGUAAUUGAUAACUCAACUCCAUGUAAUGAAAGGCAGGAGGUUAAAAAAGACAGUGAAAUGCAGGAACCUGAACCAGUUGACAAGAAAAUUGACCUCCAAAGGACAGAGUUUGGUCAUCAACAGAAUAUAAAAUCACAUGAAGUGACUCGACGGUGCAUUGUAGAAGUAAAAACCAUGAGUGAAUCUGUGUCCUCGGAACCUUCACCAGAUACCACGAAAAAGCCAUCUGUACAGAACUCUAUAUUUGAUAUCAGUAAUGGAGCUUUAUCAGAUAAUCUGCUUCAUAAAGCUACCAACAUCCAUUCUCACAGUCUUGCAUCUCAGAACCUGGAAAUUAACUUCAUCAGUCCAACACAUUCAAAUAUAAACAUGCGUACUUCAGAUAUUCAAAAAUCAGAAGCGGAUCUGCAUCUGAACAACAAAAUUAUCUGUGAAAUCAAAUCUCAAGUUAAUACAUUCUCAACUGUUAAUGAAACCAGUAAUAGGUCAGAAAAGGAAAAAACAGCUAAUAUCUUAGGACUACAACCUAAUGCUUCUAUCCACAUUACCAAUAAAACCAAUAAACUAAAUAAAACAAACACUUUACCUGAUAUGCUGAAGCCUAAAAUCUCCUAUUCAUGCAGUCCAGCUGCUCUUGUCACCAAGUCAACUUCAAGAUGUAAAAAUGAAUCUUCAAGAUCCAGCUUCCAACAUGUGGGUGCAAGGACAAUUGUGGAAACUACAAAAAGCCCUUUAAUUGUUGAUAAGAAUGAGCAUUUUACAGUUUACAGGGAUCCAGCCUUGGUUGGCCCUGACACAGGGGCUAAACCUUUGUCUCCAUAUUUGCACCCGCAUCUGCAUCCCCUUCAUACCUCACCACAUUCAUCUUGCUUGACCGCAAAUAGUUCUCAUCCAGCUCUCAGAGCAGCAUCGCAUCAUCUUUCUGGUUCACCACGGACUUCUGCCACAAAUAAUUGUCAUGUUCUCAGCAGUGCCCCGCCCCAUUCUGUUCACUCUUCCCACCACCUUUCUGCUGUCUUACCUGGAGUUCCGUCAGCAUCUUUGGUGUGUGGGCAUUUAGAUUCUGUGCAUGUAAGAAAUUUAAGCCCCUUAUCCCUGGCACACCAUCAGCAACAGUUUUUACAGCAACAUUCGCCUCAGCUCCUUGGCCAGAACCAUCCAUCAGCUUAUAACCAGCUUGGACUCUAUCCUAUACUCUGGCAGUAUCCAAAUGGCACUCAUCUGUCUCCAGGUCUGAGUAUGACCUCAUCUAAGUGGGUCCAUCCUGAAAACCCUCUGAGUGCUGAAGCUUCUUUGAGGAGGAAUGCAUCCAGUCCUUGGCUACCUCAGCACACCACUGUGACCUCAGCUGAGAGUCUGGGGUUACUAAGCCACAUCCCUGUACGCCCUGCCAGUGCUGAACCUCAUCGACCCUUGAAAUUGGCCUCACAUUCGAGUCCGCCUUUGUCAAAGGCAACUGCAGAUCAUCAAAAAGAAGAAAUUGACAAGAAAAAUUCAGUUAAUUCGAAACGUUCUGUUACUGCUGUUCAGAUGAAGCUUGAACUUAACCACGAUCGACAUUCACAUGGACUGGAAAGUCAGCUGGCUCGAGGGUUUACGAGCACUGCCUUUUGUCAGAGUAAGGAGAAAAGAUCACCCCAGGAACAAAGUGAAAAUCAUAAUAAAUACAAUGAAGAGCGACGUCGGAUUCUGCAGGAGAGCAUUGAAGUUGCUCGUUUUGCUUCCACAAUAAAGACAAAUGAAGCUGCGAAAGAUGCCUACUCUAGAAUACCAUCUUUGCCUGCUGAUGGCCUAAAACCCCAGAGCAUAAAACAAGAUCGAGAAACAGAGCAUUGUGCAAUAGAGCUUUAUACAUCAAAGAAUUCAGUACCUCAUUCUAUGCCCCAAAGCAACUAUUUUACUACUUUGUCAAACAGUGUUGUAAAUGAGCCACCUAGAUUAUAUCUUUCUAAAGAUACAAUACAUCCUUAUGCUGAAAAAACAAAUCCUUCAACACCUACUCUCCUUCCAUAUAACAAGACUUUGUCCAAACCACCUCCACUUAUUAAGCAUCACCCUGAGAGCGAGGGGUUAGUUGUCAAAAUUACAGAACAAUUUUCCCACCAAGUGACUUCUCAGGCUACGAGCUCAAAUAAUAUUGAUCACGGGAGGACCAGAGAACAGUUAUCAAUUUCACCCUCAAACCCUCUGAGAGGUAUGCCAUCUUUACAUAGGGCUCCAGUUUACCAGCCUUCAUCGCAUCAUAUUACAGAGCGCAAAGAAGGUAAUUAUCGCAAUCUAUCCCCACCAACCCUAACUCCAAUACAGCCUGUGAAUGCUGCUAAGAUUUCUGAACUCCAGAAACCUCCAACUUUACUACCAGAGCCAAGGGCUGAUGGGAAAAUUUGCAUGCAUAAUUCUGCAGUUGCUUCACUUGAUGCCUGGAAAACUGUUAAACCAGUUUGCCGCUUGGAGAACAACAACAAAGUUGCCUCAGCAUCUGUUAUUGUAAAACCACCUUCUAUUGUUAAGCAAGAAAAUAAAGUAGAAAUUCAAACCAACUCAAAGGAUUCUGGAAGAGAACGUUUGUUAAUGCAAUCAAAUCCAGUAGAUGACCUUAAAGCAUCUAAAGUCAAAGAAAUGUGGAGAACCAAUCUGCCUAACGUGAACUUGGACACUACAGGUGCAGAGCAUGAAAAAAACUUUAAAGCUUUACUUCCGGACAACAAUUCAAAAUCUGUGGCUGCCACUGACUUGUUGUGCAAGAGCAGCACUGACUCCUCAGCUUCUGCAACCCCAGCAACUAAGAUUUUAAGUAGCAAUGAAACAAAUAUAACCUAUUGUUCCUCCUACACCACACUCACUAACAGUGUAGCAGGACAUGUCGUUCCCAAAACUUCAACUCAUUUCGGAACACAGAUACAGGAAUGCAAGAUUAAUACCACAUCCGCUACAGUUUUUUCAACAGCUGCUGCCAGAACAGGAAGCACUACACAGAAUAACACAGGAGUCUCGAAUACAAUUGAUUACUACCAGCUGAAAAAGCACAAAGCAGCAUUGGCUAUGGCUCAUUCUGGAAGCACUACUGCAAAUAACAAUAAUGAAUCUGCAAGCCUUAAAAGUGAAAAAAGUGCAGCAUCUCUCUCUCCAAAUAAUACUGGAACAAUAGAUGUAUCUUGUCAAGCAAGCUCUGUUACCAAUGGCCAGAUUAUUCAAUCUAGCCAACCUAGUUAUCACACAAAACUUAAAAAAGCCUGGUUAACCAGACACUCUGAAGAAGAUAAAAAUACAACUAAAGUGGGAAAUACAGAAACCACAGGGAAAGAUGCAAGGAAACUAAUUACAGUUCAUCCAUUAGCUUCCACAUCAAAUGAUGUAGACAAAACAAGUCAAUCUGAGGAAGAGAGAACUGAGCAAGAAGAAAGAAAAAUGAGAAGGGGAUCAAAAAGAAUUUAUGAAUCUGGAUCUGAAAGUGAUGCUUCAGAUGAAAGUGAAAAUAAAUCUGAGCAUAGGGUCAAACGUCAGCCUAAGCCAACUUAUAAAAAGAGGCAAAAUGACUUGCAAAAGCGAAAGGCUGAUACUGAGAGAGAAGAAGAGGAAGUUAAACCUCAUGGUACGUUAUACAGAAAUACAAAAGAAAAGGAAAAGAAUAAAAUUAAACUCCAGAGUGAUGGUUUACCACGGUCAGUGUUGAAGGACUGGCGGAAAGUUAAGAAGCUCAAGCAGACUGGAGAACCUUUUCUGCAAGAUGGCUCAUGCUCUGAGAUAGCACCAAAUCUUCAAAAGUGUAGAGAAUGUCGUAUGGUACGUUAUCGGAAGAAUGAGGAGUUCAGUCAGUCAGCUGUAUUCUGCAGAUUCUACUAUUUCCGCCGAUUGGCAUUCAGUAAGAAUGCAGUACUAAGGAUAGAUGGAUUUUCAACUCCAGACCAGUAUGAUGAUGAAGCAAUAAACCUGUGGUUACCCAGUGAUUCCACAGAUGUAGAUUUGGAUGUAGGAUCUUCCAAAUACAUUUUGAGAAAUAUUGGAGAUAAAUUUUGUCAAAUAGAGACGUCUGAGAAGAACGCUAUGAGUUGGCUUAAACCAGAUGCCAAAAUAGCCUGGAAGAGAGCAGUAAAAGGAGUUCAGGAAAUGUGUGAUGCAUGUGAAGCCACUUUGUUUAAUAUCCACUGGGUUUGCCAGAAAUGUGGAUUUGUGGUCUGUUUGGACUGUUAUGAAGCAAGGGAAAGAAGGGGUUCUAAAGCUGAUAAAGAAAUUUAUGUCUGGCUGAAGUGUGUCAAAGGUCAAGUUCAUGAUUCAAAGAAUCUGAUGCCCACACAGAUUAUCCCUGGUACUGUCUUAAUGGAUAUUGGAGACAUAAUGCGUUCCAUCAAAGGUACCCAGGAAAUUGCCCCACAAGAUCCCUCUACCAGUGAACAAAGUGUACAACUUGCCAAACUUUCCACAACUAAUGGAGUUUCACAGAGCGCCCUAAAUCAGAACACCAUCAUCUCAGUGGCUAAACAACAUUCUGCAUGUGAGAAUCCAAAGACCAAUGGCAACUCCAAUAGCCCUGAGAACGACAUCACUACAGAAAAAACCAAAGAAUCACCUGUUGCUAAGGCAGUGAAGAUUGAAAUAAGCCAGAUGGACAAGAAAGAGGAUUGUAAAGCUACGACAGUGUGUCUCACCAAUGAACAUGGCUCAACCCUACGAGAUUUACUUACCUCAACAGCUGAAAAAUUACAGUUAGGCUCAACUGAUGCUGGCAUUGCCUUUGCCCCAGUCUUUUCUGCAGGAACCCCCACUGGAAGAGGUGCAAGAAGUAUGCCAAACCUCUUAGAUGACAUAAUUGCAUCAGUUGUGGAAAAUAAGAUCCCAGCAAGUAAAUCCGUGAAAUUCAGUUGUAAAGAAGGAACAAAGCAGAAUUCACAAGGAGAAGCUAAAAAGCUCAAUGUAGAUAUGAUCAGCAAAAUUCAUUCUGAAGUACCGCAUUCUUGGCUUUGUGAUGGAUUUUUGCUCUGGCUCCAAGAUCCUGGAAACCCCAGCAAUUGGAAGAUAUUCAGGGAAUGCUGGAGGCGAGACCAGCCUGUUCUUGUAUCUGGCGUGCAUAAAAAACUAAAUUCCAACAUUUGGAAACCUGAAAGCUUUCGUGAGGAAUUCAGAGACCAGAAGGUUGACCUAAUUAACUACAAAGACGGCAGUAUGAUCUCCAGUGUAAGGAUUCAAGACUUCUGGGAUGGUUUUGAAGACUUAACCAAACGAUUCAAAUCCAAGAGUGGGGAGUCUAUGUUACUGAAGCUGAAGGAUUGGCCCUCUGGUGAAGAUUUCAGAACCACUAUGCCUUCUAGGUUUGAUGACCUUAUGAAAAAUUUACCACUGCCAGAGUAUUGUGAUCCAGAAGGAAAUCUGAACUUGGCAUCCCGGCUACCAAAUUUCUUUGUACGACCAGAUUUAGGGCCCAGACUGUAUAGUGCUUAUGGACAGUCAACAAUUAAGGAACAUGGAGCUAUCAAUCUCCACCUAGACGUUGCUGAUGUAGUCAAUGUGCUUGUUUACGUUGGUGUGCCAAAAGGAAAUGGAAACAAUCACAAAGCAGCUAUCUUGACAAAAAUUGACGAAGAUGAAGUUGAUGAAACCACAAAAAAAAGAUUGAAGGAUGGUGAUGAGACGCCAGGUGCUUUGUGGCACAUUUUUUCAGCCAAAGAUUCAAACAAAAUACGGGCAUUUCUACAAAAGGCUAAUGAGGAGCAGGAUCAGGAAUCACUUGAACAUGAUCCAAUCCGUGAUCAGACUUGUUAUCUGAACAAGAAACUGCGCCAGAAGCUCUAUGAAGAAUGUGGAAUACGCAGCUGGUCCAUAUUUCAGUUCCUGGGUGAUGCAGUCUUAAUACCAGCAGGGGCACUGCGUCAGAUGCAGAGUAUUUACAGUUGCAUUCAGGUCUCUGAAGAUUUUGUGUCACCAGAGCACACAGUGCAGUCCUUCCAUCUAACACAGGAACUAAGACACCAGUCAAAACAUGAGAUAAACUGUGAGGAUAAACUCCAGGUAAAAAAUAUUAUUUACCAUUCGGUUAAAGAUGCCGUGGGAGUUCUGAGAAUGCAUGAAGAAAAGCUGUCAAAUACACAACAGAGUGCUUAAUGUUUUCAUUGUUUUGUGACUUGACAUGAUCAUUUGUUGAAAAAGACACAUCAGCAGUGCCAAGGAAAUUUGUAACUGUGGUUACAACCAUGUUGUGCUACUGUAAUCAAUUGGUCAAUGCAUCAAAAUUAAUGUAAUUUUAAAAAACAGCCUCUAAUAAUAUGCAGGAAACUAGCACUGUGCUGUUCCAUGUAUUAUAUUUGUACAUUUUAAAAAUGGAAAUGUAUUUAUUUUUGGAUAAAAUGUUACAGAAUUUUAUGCCAUAUUAUAGAUCUAAUGUAAACAUGAAUUUGUACAGUUUUACUUUGCUAAAAUUGAUAUUUUUCACUACAUUGAGACAGUUACUGUGAGAAGGCAUAUGCAACUACCACAUAUGCCUAUUUUUUUUAAUUGCUGAAUCGCACAGCUAUCCAUGUCAUAUCUUAAAGUACUGCCAAAUAACGACACAUUCUGAAGUUCCUUAUAAUAAAAUGACUGGAUGCAUAUCCCACACACAAUAGCUUUUCAUUAAAUAUUCAUUGUAAAAUUUAAACAUUUACAAAGCUGUAAUUUAUUCAGUUGUCUAGUUAAAUUUGUUAUGGUGAACUUUUGCAAGCAAAAUGACUUAUUACCAAGAAAGUUGAUAUUCUAUGUAAAUACAUAUAAAUAUAUACAUUCAAUUAUGUAUUUUUUUAAAGCAUAGCUUGCUUCAGUUUGUUAAAGUACAAGUGUUACAUGCUUUGUACGUUGAAAUUGAAAGGGGUUUUACAUUUUCCAAUAAAAUUGAUUUAUCAAAUAUCUGAA